UACCGACUGGCGCUGGGCCUGCUCGUGAGCGCGCUGACCGGCGCGUCCCCGCAGGGCGGCGAGUGCCCGCAGCUCUGCGUCUGCGAGGUCCGGCCCUGGUUCACCCCGCAGUCCACGUACCGAGAGGCCGCCACCGUGGACUGCAACGACCUGCGCCUGACCAGGAUCCCCGGCAACCUGUCCAGCGACACGCAGGUGCUGCUGCUGCAGAGCAACAGCAUCGCCGGGGCCGCGGACGAGCUGCGGCGGCUGCCCAACCUGACCGAGCUGGACCUCUCCCAGAACAACUUCACGGACAUCAGGGCGCUGGGGCUGGCCAGCCUGAGCCAGCUGACCACCCUGCACCUGGAGGAGAACCGGAUCGCGGAGAUGCCCGACCGCGGCCUGCAGCGCCUGGGCAGCCUGCAGGAGCUGUACGUCAACCACAACCAGAUCAGCGCCAUCUCCGCGCACGCCUUCGCGGGCCUGGCACGCCUCCUGCGCCUGCACCUCAACGCCAACCGGCUGAGGGUCAUCGACAGCCGCUGGUUCGACUCCACGCCCAACCUGGAGAUCCUCAUGAUCGGCGAGAACCCGGUGGUCGGCAUCCUGGACAUGAACUUCAGGCCCCUUUCGCGCCUGCGGAGCCUGGUGCUGGCGGGCAUGGACCUCACGGACGUGCCGGGGAACGCGCUGGUGGGCCUGGACAGCCUGGAGAGCCUGUCCUUCUACGACAACAGGCUGGCCCGCGUCCCCCAGCUGGCCCUGCGCAAGGUGCCCAACCUCAAGUUCCUGGACCUGAACAAGAACCCCAUCCGCAGGAUCCGGGAGGGCGACUUCAAGGACAUGCUGCGGCUCAAGGAGCUAGGCAUCAACAACAUGGGCGAGCUGGUGUCCGUGGACCGCCACGCCCUGGACAACCUGCCCGAGCUCACCAAGCUGGAGGCCACCAACAACCCCAAGCUGUCCUACAUCCACCGCGCGGCCUUCCGCGGCGUGCCGGCGCUGGAGAGCCUGAUGCUCAACAACAACGCCCUGCGCGCCGUCUACCACACCACGGUGCAGUCGCUGCCCGGCCUGCGCGAGAUCAGCAUCCACAGCAACCCGCUGCGCUGCGACUGCGUCAUCCGCUGGGUGGGCGCCAACGACACCGGCGUGCGCUUCAUGGAGCCGCUGUCCAUGCACUGCGCCGCGCCGCCCGAGUACCGCGGGCAGCGGGUGCGGGAGGCCCUGACCCGGGACGCGGGCGAGCGGUGCCUGCCCAUGAUCGCGCACGACGCGUUCCCCAGCCACCUCGACGUGGACGUCGGCGCCACCGUGCCCCUGGACUGCCGGGCCGUGGCCGAGCCGGAGCCCGAGAUCUACUGGGUCACGCCCCGGGGUGGCAAGGUGACUGCGGGCACGCCGUCCGGCAAGUACCGGCUGAGCGGCGAGGGCACCCUGGAGGUCACCGGCGCGCAGGUGGAGGACUCGGGGAGGUACACCUGCGUCGCCCAGAACGCCGAGGGCGCCGACACGCGCGUGGUGACCGUCACGGUCAACGGGACCCUCCUGGACGGCGCCCUGGGGCUGAGGGUCUCCGUCAAGCGGACGGAGCCGCGCUCCGUCCUGGUGUCCUGGGAGGCCAGUCCGAACGCCCUGACGUCCAACCUGAAGUGGUCCUCGGCCACCAUGAAGAUCGACAACCCCCACAUCACCUACACGGCCAGGGUCCCGGUGGACGUCCACGAGUACAACCUCACGCACCUGCAGCCGGCCACCGACUACGAGGUGUGCCUCACCGUGUCCAGCGCUCACCAGCAGACCCAGAGGUCCUGUGUGAACGUCACCACCAGGGACGCCGCCCUCGUCCCGCGCGGGUCUGACCGGGCGGCCAGCGCGGCCCUGGCCGCGGCCACGGGGGCCAUGUUCGCGGUCGUCAGCGUCGCCUCCAUCGCCGCGUACACGGCCAAGAGGCUCAAGAGGAGAAACUGCCACCACUCCCUGAAGAAGUACAUGCAGAAGACGUCCUCCAUCCCCCUCAACGAGCUCUACCCGCCCCUCAUUAACCUCUGGGAGGGGGACGGCGAGAAGGACAAAGAGGGGGCCGCCGAGGCCAAGCCGCCCCGGGUGGACACGUCCCGGAGCUACUACAUGUGGUGACCGGGGCUGGCCCGCUCUGGUAGCUCGAGCACAAGGCGCCUCCGCUCACCGCCAAAGAGGCGCGGCCAGCGCGGCCCACUCGGC